AUGUCCAAUGUUGAGAUUGUUCAUAUACGCAGAUAUUGUCCUCCCGGAGUUUCAGAAAUCAUCGAUCGUGGUGGCGGAUCUUUCAUUGGGGCACUUGAUGAGUCUGCUGUUUUGAAAUACCCAUGUAUCCCUGGCGAUAAUGAGAGCAUUCAAACGGAGGGUCGACUACUCGAGGUCAUUGGAAGCCACCCCAGAAUCAUCGCUAUGAAAGGCCUGACGGAGCAUGGGCUUGUUCUACAGCGUGCCCCAAACGGAAGCUUGAGCGACUACCUCGCGACACAACCCGGUAUAUCAAUGGACAGAAAGUUACUCUGGUGCAAACAAGCUGCCGAGGCAGUCAGCUUCAUACAUGAAAAACAUAUAAUUCACUGCGACAUAAAUCUUCGGAACUUUUUGCUCGACCAGAAUCUUGAUCUCCUACUAGCAGACUUCCAGGAAAUGCUGAAAUCUGUUGAUGGCAAAAGUACCCUAUUGGAUGGACUCUCUCGGGAGAGCUCUAAGUCAUACAUGCCUCGACCCCACGGGGACUAUGCGUGUGUGAAAACUGAUAUCUUUGCGCUUGGCUCUGCCAUUUACUUCAUCCUCAUGGGAAACGAGGUCUUUCCGGAUCUUGACAGCUUAGAGGACGACGAAGAGAUUCUUUCUCGCUUCCAAAAUGGGAUUUUUCCGACCGACAAUCACGCUUGCUAUGAAAUCACAGGGAAAUGUUGGAGGCAGCAGUAUCAGUCUGCGAAUGAGGUGGUUUGUGAUAUAUCCAAAGUUAAAGCCUACGGGAACGCCAUGAAGUAA